GUGCGGCCACACUGCAGAGUGGGCGUUUAAUAAGCCGUCUUGUCUCACUCUAGCUCAUACAUGACUUCCCAAUACAUAAGUUGGGUUACUCCAAAUCGUGAAAUUUACAGUCGCGGUCGGCCGACAAAAAUGACAGAAAGCUCCUCGAACAAGCUGCUAAACGGAGACUCCUGUCACCGGACCUCAAAUGGUAAAAAAUCUAGUAAAAAUGGCUUCGUGAAGAAUCACGGGCUGCUACAAGAGCCACAGAAGUAUCGUCGCCCCAGGGAGAAGAACCAAAAUGUCACACACAACUCGAGCCUGUACAAGAAGCCCUUUGCGGAAUCAUUUGAGGAGACUCCUCUCCUGGUGGCCGUGCUCACCUACAUGGGCUACGGCAUCCUCACCAUUUUCGGCUACCUCCGAGACUUCCUUCGCCACUGGAGCAUCGAGAAGUGCCACGUGGCUCGGGAGAAAGAGGAGCAGAAGGAUUUCGUCCCCCUCUAUCAGGACUUUGAGAAUUUUUACACCAGGAACUUGUACAUGAGGAUUCGAGACAACUGGAACAGGCCCAUCUGUAGUGUCCCCGGUGCAAAGAUGGACCUGGUGGAGAGAGUUUCCCACGACUACAAUUGGACCUUCGAGCACACAGGCAAAGUGGUGAAGGACGUCAUCAAUAUGGGCUCAUACAACUACCUCGGCUUUGCUGAGAACACCGGGGCUUGUGCCGAUGCUGCUAUUGAGGCCACAGAAAAGUAUGGAGUCGGAGUGGGCAGCACUCGCUGUGAGAUCGGGAACCUGGACAUCCACGAGGAGCUGGAGCAGUUGGUUGCCAGGUUCCUGGGCGUUGAGUCAUCCAUGGCUUUUGGCAUGGGCUUCGCAACCAACUCCAUGAACAUUCCUGCUCUCACCGGGAAGGGUUGUCUUAUUCUGAGUGACGAGCUGAAUCACGCAUCGCUGGUGCUGGGUGCCCGUCUGUCUGGGUCCACAAUUCGGGUCUUCAAACACAACAACAUGCAAAGUCUGGAGAAGCUGCUGAGAGAUGCUAUUGCACACGGGCAGCCGAGAACCCACCGACCCUGGAAGAAGAUUCUCAUUGUGGUGGAGGGCAUAUACAGUAUGGAGGGGUCCAUCGUGCGUCUGCCAGAGGUUGUUGCUCUAAAGAAGCGCUACAAGGCGUAUCUGUACCUGGAUGAGGCCCACAGUAUCGGGGCCCUGGGGCCUAACGGCAGAGGAGUGGUGGACUACUUUGGCCUGGAUCCCAAAGAUGUCGACAUCAUGAUGGGAACGUUCACCAAGAGCUUCGGUGCUGCCGGAGGUUACAUUGGAGGCAAACAGGAGCUGAUCGACUACCUGCGGCGCCACUCUCACAGUGCCCUGUAUGCCACCUCCAUGUCCCCUCCUGUGGCCCAGCAGAUAAUCACCUCUAUGAGGAUCAUCAUGGGAGAGGACGGGACCACACUGGGUGUUGAUCGCAUCAGACAGCUAUCAGAGAACACCACCUACUUCCGCAGGGAACUCCGUGAAAUGGGCUUCAUCAUCUACGGCAACGAUGACUCGCCUGUAGUGCCCAUGAUGCUCUACAUGCCGGCCAAAAUUGGGGCAUUUGGUCGGGAGAUGUUGAAGAGAAACAUCGGCACCGUGGUCGUCGGCUUCCCAGCAACGCCCAUAAUCGAGUCGAGGGCACGUUUCUGCAUUUCGGCUGCCCAUACCAGAGAGAUGCUUGACACAGCGUUGAAGGCCACCAGUGAAGUGGGCGACCUGCUGCAGCUGAAGUACUCCAGACGUCAACGGCCUCUUCCCUCGCUUGGGUGGAUGGCCGAGGAGAGCCUGCUUCAGGACUGAGUCACAUCACGUCCUUCCUCCCCACAACUCAAUGUCCCUUCCUUACUUGACCUUUUCCUAGAGAGAGCGAGAGAGAAAUAGAUAUAGAGAGAUACUUUAUUGAUCCCCAAGGGGAAAUAUCUGUCUGAUAUCCCUCAUUUUCCUCUGAGCCACUCUCUCCAACCCACUUCGCCAUAUCUCCUCAAAUCAGACUCCCGUGGACAGAACCAAAGUCUUCACAGUUGCACCCUCUUUUGAAAACUGCACACUAGCACCACUCAUUAGCCUGUGUGCAGUCUGUGACCUGUACAGCUGAUUUUACCGAUAGCAGGGUAGGACCAAAAUCCCCCUACGUCUGUCUGCACAUAUGUCCCUUCAGUUUGUCCUAACUUAUUGUGACUGCAUUGGUCUAACGUCAAGUCUUAUUCCUGUGUGCACAUUAAAUGUGUGCCCUAUUCGUGCAAUAGCAACAACUUGGAGUUUCUUUAUAAUUCAAAACAACCUAGAGCAACCUAGAUUUUUGCCACAAGUUCCUACUUGUGCACUUGGAGAAAAAGAAAUCUGAUCAUAGCUGUUGCCAUGAUGAACACAAAAGGAAAGAAUUAUAUAUGUACAGUAAAUAUUAUUAUUUAACCAGAAGUUGGUAAUGCUGCAUUAGGGUAGCAUCCCAAACCUCAAAGAGAGAUACAUUAUUUUACAGGAGUAACAUUAGCAUAUGUACUCCAUAUGUAUUUAUCUGAUGGCUUUUUUCUAAUCACUUUUACUUGAAUAGAGAGUAUAGAAUUGUGGGUUCUUUCCCUAACCAAAGGAUGUAUAUGUAUAGAUAUGUUUUAUACCUUUUCUCUUAAAAUGUAAAGCAUAUGUUCCAAAAGAAAAGAUUUAACAGGGAAACAAUCCCAGGGAGCAAGAAUAAGGAACAUUUUUAUUCCUUAUUUUCUAGAAACUAUUUCAGCCUUAUUUACACCUGCACUCAAAAACUUGAGCCCAGUGUCUUUAACAUUUCUAUGAGCUAAUGAGCUACAUGUGUGAUUUAUUUCUUUUGCUAAAUCCUUCUCACUCAAGUGCUUUCAUGCGAAUCAGCGUCGACACCGAUCUCUGAGCACGAUGACACGCUGUAACUUAGGUCUGUAUGUAUGACGAUGCCGCUCCCGUGCCUAUCUGAUUUACAGACUGCUUUAUUUAUUUAUUAUGUCUUUGUCAUCUUAUUUCUGUGAAAACAUUAUUUUGAUCUGGAAGGCAGCUCGAAAUGUGUCCCAGUGUGUCUUUUAACCAACUACCUACACGUCUUAACUUCAGUGCUCGCACUACUGACAGGCAUUGUAAAUGCACAGAUGACGUAGUCACUCAAAUUUGCAAGAUUUGUAUGGGUAUGCUUCAAAUGUCAUUGUUUUUUUGUUUUUUUUUAAAUUAUAGUUUAUUAUCUGUGGUCCUCUUCUGGAAUGACAUUCCAUAUCAACCGACUUUCAGUGUCAAUUGUACUGUUGUACUGUUUUCAAUGGGAGGUCACCCCAAACAUGGCAUACAUGCCACUGUCAAAUAUCCUGCUGAUGUGUCUGUGUUUAUGUUCUACCACCUAAUUGAUGUGAAUUGGGAGUGUAGCCAGUCAAAAAGCUGGCUGUUGCCUGGCGAUGUGACCAUUCCUAAAAAUGUUCAUCAAAGUGAUUAAACGCAUCUCAAAUUUCAA